UGCUUCCUCCUGUAUUAUCACAUUAACACUCUCCUUCACUUCAUACACAUAUUUCAUCAUGGGGAACUUUGCUGCCAAUGAGGGGCUCUCCGUCUUUGUUAUUCUGGUUUGGCUUGGGAUCAACGCGUACCUGUUUGUCCAAUUCUACUUGAACUUCUUGGUCGAGAGAUGGUUUUACACCCGGGUGCUUCUCGGGCAAGCUCUUUCCUGGGCCAGAGCUCCUGCUGCCUGCCUCAACUUCAACUGUAUGCUCAUUCUGUUGCCAGUUUGCAGAAACCUGCUCUCCCUCCUCCGUGGCACCAUUCAGUUAUGUAGCCGCACAGCCGCUCGUCAGCUGGACCGAAACAUCACUUUUCACAAACUGGUGGCUUAUAUGAUUGCCUUUCAUACAGCCGUGCACAUCGUUGCACACUUGUUUAACUUUGAGUAUUUCAUGGAUGCCCAACUGAAUCGUGACCCCAAUUGGCUUCCCUUCGUCUUGUCUGACAUUGGUAACGGAGAUGGCCUAGCCUACCUAAACCCCAUCCGGACCAACGAGACUAACCCUACCAUCGUCAUGUUCACCACCAUCGCCGGGCUGACGGGCGUGGCCAUCACGCUGGCCCUCAUCCUCAUCAUCACUUCAUCCAUGGAAGUCAUCCGCAGGUCGUACUUCGAGGUGUUCUGGUACACGCACCACCUCUUUGUCAUCUUCUUCAUCGGACUGGUGUUUCAUGGCUACGGGCGGAUUGUGCGAGGACAGACACCAAAAAGCUUGAUGACAAACAAGCCGAAGGACUGUGCCGAUGAUUUUAAGUACUGGGGGAACUCUACCACUUGUGCUGUGCCAGAAUUUGCUGGAAACCCGCCAGGGACAUGGAAGUGGGUUGUGGCCCCCAUGUUCCUGUAUGUGUGUGAGAGGAUGGUCCGCCUCUAUCGAUCCUGCCAGAAAGUCGUCAUCACCAAGGUGGUGAUGCACCCGUCCAAAACGCUGGAGCUGCAGAUGAAGAGGAAAGGUUUCCACAUGGAGGUGGGUCAGUACGUCUUCAUCAAGUGUCCGUCCAUCUCCAGGCUGGAGUGGCACCCGUUCACCCUGACCUCUGCCCCCGAGGAGGACUUCUUCAGUGCCCACAUCCGUAUUGUCGGCGAUUGGACUCAGGCACUGUAUGAGGCCUGUGGAGGAGACAAAACCGAGACUCAGGAGGCAUGGCAACUACCCAGUGUGGCCAUAGACGGCCCAUUUGGUACGGCCAGCGAGGACGUGUUUCGUUACGAGGUGGUCAUGCUGGUGGGCGCAGGAAUCGGCGUGACUCCUUUUGCUUCCAUCCUAAAGUCUGUUUGGUACAAACGCAUCCAGAACAACCAGGAUGUCUUCACCAAGAAGAUCUACUUCUACUGGCUGUGCCCAGAGACGGAGGCCUUUGAGUGGUUUGCAGACCUGCUGCAGGUCCUGGAGAACCAGAUGACGGAGAAGGGCGUGACCGACUUCCUCAGCUACAACAUCUACCUCAGCUGGAAGGAGACCGAGGCCGCUCACUUCCGUGUUCACCACGAAGCAGACGAUCCAAUCACAGGGCUCAAACAGAAGACUCUUUAUGGGAAACCCAACUGGGACAAUGAGUUUACCAAUAUUGCCACAACGCACCCAGGAACUAAAGUUGGAGUCUUGUGCGGCCCGCCUCAGCUGGGCAAAUCUCUGGAGAAACAGUGUCAUUCUCACUCAGAGUCCGACGUCAAGUUCAUCUUCAACAAAGAAAACUUCUAAAAAAAAAACAACUUCUUAAACAGCGAGGAAACUUCCCAAGUAGCAGCAGGGGUCACAUUUUACAUCAUAAUAUUUUGUCUUGUUUUAUGUUUUUUUUUUUUUAAUGUUGUAGAGUUUAGUUUGGAAGCUGCAGUGUUUCCAAGUCAAUACUUUAAAAAAAAAACCUCAGCUCAUCAUCACCGACCGCUCUCCUCCUCUUCCUCCUCCUCUUUGCUUCUCGCCAGGUUUUGCACAGAGACGGUUCUUGCUCAAAAAAGCUUGUUCUCGUUUUGUGUUUCAUCAAAAAAAAAAAGGUUAAGCUUUGCUGGUUUCAAAACUGUCCUUCCUGUUUCUGCUUUUUGUGGCACUCGGACAAAGUCACUAUGUCUGAAUAAGUUCUUAAAUGUGGUGAAGAAAGUCAUUAUUUUACAAAAAGAACAAAAAUCGCUUUUGAGCAAGGCAUUGAAGCUUUGGCUGCUGCAGUGGAUCAGUGUGUGACUGAGCUUAAAAAAACAAACAUGCUUUCUAAUACAGCUGUGCGUAUUUAUGCAUGUUUUAUAUUAUUUUUGAUCAUUUUCUGGCAUUUCAUGAAAAAACUAAUUAGUUAAAACCCCUAAUUGACAGAUUUAUUGUAAUACAAGUAAUAGAGAUAAUUAGAUGCAUCCCUACUGCAACUGGAUCAAUUCUCAGUUCAUCUGAAAUAAUCAUUGUCUGUUAUUUGAUUAUAACUUAUUAGCACAGGGUCGACUGGUUAGAGGCUUCCCGGGGCUUUCAUCCACAUUUCGUGUCAUGGUUCAUUUGUUCAACACAUGACCCGAGCAUUGAAUUUCAGUCGGGUCAUGAGAUGUGGCUGAAAGCUCAGGAAUAUGUCUAGUUUGUGGGUUUUCAUCGUAAAUAUUAAACUUUUAAAGCUCAAACUUUCUGCAUUAAUGCCUCAAUAUAAAUUUCAUGUUACAUUUAAAAGGGAAAAUUACAGCAAUGAAAGAUUAUUUAUAUGUUAUUGUGUCUUUCCUGUGUUUUCAUGACAUCUUUAAUUUAAAAAGCUUUAAAAUAAAUGCAAAAACAUUUCUUCUCCACCAUGAAAUCCUUUAAUAAGAGUGGUUUGCUGUAUUUCUUCUCUCCUGACCAAGUGAACUUCCUUUUUUUUUGAUGAUUGAGUUGAACUUUUUGAGGCCUUGAAGCAAUUUUCUAAACAUUUCGUAACAUUACAGUGUAACCAGAAAAAGGAACUUACGGUAUUCAAAGUUACCGACAUUUUUUGAUCCACCAAGAAUUUAAGGGAACAUCAUGGAUCCAACAGAACUACAAAAAUAUAUAUAAAAAAGUGAAAAUGCUCACCUGCAGGGAUGAAAAUCGAAUAAAAGAAUAAUCCAGC